GAACGGGACGAAGAGAGAAUAAAUAUGUUUUCUUCGGUGAUUAUUGAUUUUGUUGCGACACGCGCGUGCACUGCAAUGCGUGUGCGUGUGCGCGCGCGCGUGUGUGUGUAUGUGUGUACAGUUGAACGUAAUAGUUGAACUGUAGUUGUUAGGUCUUCUGCGGCGAGAAGUAACUUUUUACUUUAAGCAGACGGCGUUCACAUUCAUUAAAGCGGCGUGAUUUUUAUUUGAAAACACAAAGAAUGAGCGUUAUUUUUAUAUCUAUUGAGAGAGCGUGACAUAUAUAUGUAUAUUCGCGAAAGAAAUAAAUGAACGAGGAAGUAACGAGCUUUCCGAAUUGCGGUCUCGGUUGUUUAGUAUAGCAACUAACUAACGUAAGUUGUUUUUUUUUUUUUUUUUCUUUCACACGAAUCUUUAUGUAAGCGUAGAGACAGGGUAUAUAUAUUAUUAUACACAAUAUGCGUAUAUAUACGUGCGAAAGAAACAAAAACAAUUAGUGAGUAUUCGCAUGUAAUUAUUUCACACAUGCGCGAUCGCGCGCGAAGAAAAUUUGUUACUCGAACGUUUUUUUUUUUUUUUUAGCCCCGCGGCGAUGUAUCGGCGUUUCGCGAACGAAAAUUUGAAAUGUUUGAAAUUUGCACAUUUCGACUUUUUUUCUCUUUGCGAAUCUACGAGGAGAUAAUUACGUGCGAGUACGCGAGAAGCAUGAUACAAUACACCUUGGAGCGAAUCAAUAAAAAAAACAAAAAGAACGAAACGACAAAUUGAUGUGAAAUUUGACGAUUUGAUCUCUCAUCAUCUUCAUCCCUCGAACGUGCAGUUUGUUUUCGCAAUGCGAACGUUCCGGCAAACAAACAAACAAACAAAAAAAACGGUGAAAUGUGAUUAAACAGGAGAAGAAAAAACUCGAUCGUCUAAAUAUUCUUCGGUUUCUGCUUUAUUUUCGGCUGAGCCUCACAUUAGAGAUUUGAACGAGAAAUCUCGAAUGUUACUCUCUCCGAGAAUCUCUUCGAAGAUCGGAAGGAGACACUCUUAUUGUUUGUAAACUAUUUAUUUCCGUUCGCGGAAAUUUUUCUCCGAUUUGUUUUUCAAAGCGCGCCCGCGUUUUUCCGCGAAACGUAGAAAAGUUUAUCGCCCCGAUGUUGCGCGUGUCUCUCUGUGUGCGAAUCACUCGCGCGAUUGGUCGUUAGUUCUCCACACCUACGGUACAUCUAGUAUGUGUGUGUGUGUAUGCGCUGCCAGAUGCUGCAGCGCGUGUCGUCUCUCUACUCCACAGUUAAAGUACUGAACUCGGACGACGCGCGCCAACGUUUUUCGAUCCCGCGUCGCAUUUUUCGACUCAACCCGAGACUUUACUCGCGUCACGUGCGUCCGUGAAUUGCCGUGUAUACGCGUUGUUGUCACUUAAAAAAAAAACAAACACAAUUUCGCAUUGUGCGCGAGUGUACCGCACCGAGUACAAAGCAAUCUCGAGGGAAAACUCCAAAACAAGCAACAUGGCGGACACGAGCAAUGAGCCUGCAUCGUCGAGCGGUGUCUCGGAACAGGUCGUGGCGACUACCGCGACCACCGCUGUCACAACGCGGGAGGACCUUGACAAGACCGAGGACUUCGAGCCCGACAAGAAGCGACGAAAAACGACGCAGCGCGCCGACGAUGCGACCAAAACCGAGCAGAAGCUGGAGCACCGACUGGGCGGCAUUCUCUGCUGCGCAGUUUGUCUCGAUCUGCCGCGCGCGGCCGUGUAUCAGUGUGCUAAUGGACACUUGAUGUGUGCCGGUUGCUUCACUCAUGUCCUCGCAGAUGCUAGGCUACGGGACGAGAUGGCAACGUGUCCCAACUGCAGAAUCGAGAUCAGCAAAACCACCGCAUCUCGAAAUCUGGCGGUCGAAAAGGCCGUGUCCGAGUUACCGGCCGAAUGUCAAUAUUGCGCGAAGGAGUUUCCGCGAAAUUCUUUAGAACAUCAUGAAGAGGCGUUGUGCGAGGAGAGGACGUCUACUUGCAAAUAUAAUAGAAUCGGUUGUCCAUGGCGAGGUCCCAAACACGAGAUCCCGGAACACGAGAUUCACUGCGUUCACCCAAAUCGCACGGGGGCGGACGUGAUGGAAGCGCUGAGAGAUAUCGAUGCCCGUACAUUGGAAGAGCGUAGGCUCUAUGACAAUAUCUUUGAUCUUUUGUCCUACGAGAAAAUCACGUUUACCGACUUACAGAUGAAGCCGUAUCGCACUGACGAAUUUGUUCAUAAAUUAUUCUAUGAAACCUCACGGUUCGGCGCGUUCAACAACCAGUGGGUGCUGAAGGCGAGGAUCAAUAGCAAUCAGCGCGAUCCCACACAAAGUUCAGAGCGAGACAUGACCUAUCAACUGAUUUUAAAGUCGAAAACUACGUAUCCGCUACCGGUUUAUUACUUGAUCUUGAAAGGCCCGUUUGGCGAUAUGAAAGUACAUCCGAGAAUUCACAGAUUCGAGUUCACCGAGCAGGAAAACGAGAGUCCGUAUUUCACAUUACCGCUACCGGACACGGCAGAGUGCAAUAGACUCCUCGCUGCUAAGGCCAUCAAUCUUAGAUUAAUAAUGUUCCUGGCGUCUAAGUAGCUCGCAACGACAAUGAUCCUGUUGUCAAGAUUUUGUCAGAAACAACAAGACGAUUUAGGUGUAAUAACAAAUAUGAUAUAGAGCUCACAGAGAUUUUUAACCAUUUGUAGUAGUAAUCAUCGUGGCAAUGACACUGAACGGAAACAAAGACCGAAAGAUGCUAAAAACAACAAAUAUCACUGUAAUGUUUAAAAUUGUAUAUGUUAAAAAAAAAGAUAAAUUAUAUAUUAAAUUACUAAAUAUAUAUAUAUAUAUGUACAAUACAUAGGGCUCCCAAAGCAUUCCGAGUAUCCGGAUAUCAGGAGAUAACAAGUCCGAGAAUUCAAAUUCGCAACAAUCGAAAAUACUCGGGCGUGUGACGUAAAAAUUUGUAUCAACAAAUAUACAAGACACACAAUUUGUUUAUUUGUCGUUACAUUUUUACGAAAAACGCGUUUUUUUUUUUUUUUUUUACACAUUUUCUCGACUGUGUUUUCUCUCGAAUCCAGUCGAAUCACGGUUUGUUUGAGUUAAUCUUUUCCGAAUUGAAAUCUGACAGGAUUUUUUACGUUCGGAUAUUAUUACUUCGAGUAGUUUGAAAAUUUUGGGAAACGUAACACGUAAAAUUUAUUCCGCCAUCCGGAUGCUCGGAUAGCGAUCGGAUUUGAAACGAGAAGAGAAUCUUGGGAGCCCUGUUACGUAACACUGGCGAGAACACAUUAGCAAUUAGGUUGAAUUGCUUUGUAAUGUAUAUCUUUGACAUCAACUUUCGCAUUAUAAACACAGCUAGAAAAAGAAAGGUGAUCGAAGACUCUAUAGUAGUUUACAUAUAGAUCAUUUUUAAACGAACGAAUUACAUCUGCAUCGAUCGUGCAAACAUUACAUGUAUUUCGGGACGGAGUUGAGGACGACAAACAGUGUACCGCUUAAAACAAAUCCGCAUAUUAAUUGAAUAGAUAUAUAUUUUCUUUUUGUGUGUAUCUACAGAAAUCGCGAUGGAAAUGUGAUAAACGCGAAAAGUUAUAUA